UGCUUCUCUAAUUUAUUGAGUUUUAACAAAUACAGAAAACACAAAAUGGAUGCCACCCACAACAUGUUUUGUAACAAAGAAGAUCUUGUUAACCCUCUAAACUCAAUGGGCAUGCAAGUGUCUUGUAUUCUUGUCGUUUCACACUUCUUCAAUGUUAUCCUUAGGACGGUUGGCCAACCUGGACCCAUUGCACAAAUUCUGGCUGGGUUGGUAUUAGGUCCAAUGUCUCAUAUAAAGUAUAUAAAAGAAACAUUUUUUCCUCCGAAUUCACAAAAUUAUUAUGAAGUUGUAAGCUUCUUCUGUCGCAUGAAUUUCAUGUUUUUAUUUGGAUUGGAGAUGAAUAUUCACUACACAAUGAGCCAUCUACGUUUGGUUAGUUUGGUAGCAUGUGGGGGUGCACUAGUGGGUGCAGUGUUUGGUCUCUCUGUCUCAUUUUAUUUGUACGAAGAAUUAAACACCAAUAUUUCUAUGCAGUAUUUUUGUAUGAUCAUUAUGUUAGUUGUAUCAUACACAAGUUCUCCUAUGGUUAUUCGAUUGGCGGCCGAUUUAAGGUUUGGCGCAUCGGACGUUGGAAGAAUCGCGGUGUCUGCGGCUUUGAUCACAGAAAUGACAUGUUUAUUGUUGUUUAAUGUGAUUGUUAAUUGGAAAGUCUCACACCAUAUUUCUACUGGUAUAGGUUGUCUCCUUAUUACAACUUUGGUGAUUCAUAUAAACAAAUACUUAGCCAUUUGGUUAAAUGGAAGACAUAGAAACCAAAAGUACCUAAAAGCCCCUGAGUUAUUACUCAUUCUUUUUCUACUUUUGAGUAGUUCAAUGAUUAUAGAAAUUUGGGGGUACAAUAGUAUUAUUCAUUGUUUUUUUGUUGGGUUGUUAUUUCCUAAAGAAGGAAAAACAGCUAGAACAUUUUUACAUAAACUUGGUUAUUCAAUUUAUAACUUUAUACUUCCAGUAUAUUUUGGGUACUUGGGAUUACAAUGUGACCUCAUAAAUGUAUUCAAGAGUUUGGAUAAGAUAACCACUGCCUCCAUAUUUAUUUUGUUGAGCAUUGGUAGCAAACUUGGUGGAACUCUUUUGGUUUGUCGUUACCUUCAUAUUCCUACAAGUGAAGGCAUUUUUCUUGGCUUUAUAUUGAACACUAGAGGUUAUUCUGACAUUCUAUUCAUUAGUGAUGCUGCAAAACAAGUAAUUUCGAAAACAUUCAACGUAUUGCUAGUAGCAGUAGUAUUGAACACAAUAUUAUCAGGAAUUAUUGUGUCAUUUCUAGCAAGAGGUGAAGAGAAAAUGUUUUCAAAUAAUCAUACUGCAAUUGAACCACAACAAAUGGAAGAUGAGCUUAGAAUUUUGGCUUGUGUAUAUGAUCCUCGCCAAGUUUCUUCAAUACUUGCCACAAUACUAGCAAUACAUGGUUCUAGAACUUCACCUUCUACCACUUAUUUAAUGCACUUAAUAGAGCUUGUGAAGAAAAUCAAGUCUAAUUUGUUAUACCAUGAAAAAGAAGAUGCUGACCUUAGUGAUGAUGAUGACUAUGGUGGCAAUGAUGUGGUUGAAAUAAAUAAUUCCUUAGAUGCUUUCACUACAGACACAAAGAUUUUGGUCCAUCAAAAAAGAGCAGUAUCUUCUUUUCCAAGUUUGUAUGAAGAUAUAUGCAAUGAAGCAGAAGAUCUUCAAGUAUCCAUAAUCCUUGUUCCUUUCCACAAACAUCAACGUAUUGAUGGAAAGUUAGAAAGUGGAAAGGAAGGUAUAAGGAUUACUAAUCAGAAGGUUCUUAGACAUGCACCUUGUUCUGUUGGUGUUAUUAUAGAAAGAGGACUUAUUAAGGUUCCUGGUUUUUCGCAAAUUAUUGCAUCUGAAAAUAUGCAAAAUGUUGCUACACUUUUCUUUGGUGGUCCAGAUGAUCGUGAAGCUAUUGCUUGGAGUCUACGUAUUUCUAAAUGCUCUCGAAUUAACUUGACAAUCAUAAGAUUUUUGUUGGCUUCUUCUUCGUCGCAUAACGAACAUAUUGAAAGUGGUCAGUCAGAUGAAAAAGAAAUUUUAAUGUCGUUGUCUGGGGAAGAGACUGUAAAUGAGAUUGAUAAUACUUUUAUGGUUGAUUUCUAUAAUAGGUAUGUGACUUCAGGUCAAAUUGGAUAUGUGGAAAAGUUUGUGAAUAAUGGAGCAGAGACACUUGAGUCUUUAAAAGAGAUUGGAGACAUGUACUCUUUGUUUAUAGUAGGAAAAGGUGGUAGAGGAAAUAGUUCGUUAACAAUAGGUAUGAGUGAUUGGGAGGAAUGUCCAGAACUUGGAUCAGUUGGUGAUGUUUUGGCUUCUUCAGAUUUUGAUAUUCAUGGCUCAGUUUUGGUAAUUCAACAACAUAGAGAUGCCAAGAAGGGCCUAUUGCAUGAUUAGAUAUAUAAUCAAGUACAAUAAUGUUAGAUUUUUUCAUGUAUGUAGCUUUGUGAACAUAAGGUGUACAAAGGAA